GUGAGCCUCUGCAUCACAGCAAACAGGUUAGAAUUACAUACUGAGUAUCUUGUAAAUAAUAUCAGCUGAAGCUCUCACAUAUGGCGUGGACAGAAGAUAUUUAUCCACACUUUGAGCCGCAUGAUUUUCAGAUAUUUCCUGCUCCUCAGCAGCCCACCACUAUCCUGCAGCAGCUCCCAGCGACCAUGAUGCCUCCUGGCUCUGCUCCUUCCAUUAGGCCCGGUGGUCAUGUCAAGGAGGACCUUGUGGAGCUGAUGAUGAUCCAGAACGCCCAGAUGCACCAGGUCAUCAUGAAUAACAUGACCAUGUCGGCUCUCAGCUCGUUCGGAUACUCCAGCCCUCCGUCGGGCCCUGCGGCUCCCAGAGAUCUGGUUAUAAUUCAAGAGAAUGAGGCUGACCCAGAUGUAUACCACCACUAUUACCAGCCUGCCCCUUACCUGUCCUACCAUACAUCAUGGCUCCAGCCUCAGGCUACACUGGUCUACCAGGACCCCAACAAACCCACCUCUCCUCCUCCACACAGAGACAGGCCUGUUCCCCCACCCAGCAGCACUAGACCUGUAGGAGCCGGUGUCACGCCUGCAGCAGAGAACAACAGGGCUGCUGAAGCUGAAGCAGAGACGAAGAGAGACUGAUUAUUGAUUCACUCACCAAAUGUGGGUACUAGUAAGGGGAAAAAACAAUCUUGAGUUCAUUCAUCUUCAC